AUGGACGUAGAAUGCCCAAUGGGGGCUGAGAAAGCUCAGUAUGUUCUGGUUGCAGAUGAAGAUCAACCGCCAAUCGAGCUUCCAACCGAAAGCAAUUGCACGAUUCUGCUUUCGACUGUACAAGCCCAGUUUCCAAAGUGCACAGGACUGCAGUACGAAGCCGAAGAGAGUGGCUCUACGCGGGGUAUCCGCCUCAGUGACGGCUGUCUAUUCCCUCCUCCCGACGGCUGGGGAACCAGAAUUUAUCACUGCGUUGUCCCUAAAGAUUCUAAGCGGAAGUUUUCCGAAAAUGGAUCUGAUGCAACCGCGAAGACAAUGCGCACGGAUGGGCGACAGUGCACAGACCUCAUCGUUCUAAAUCUGCCAUGGCGAACAGACGAGGACGCUCUGCGUAAAUAUUUUUCCACCUUCGGUGAAGUUGUUAUGACCCAGAUAAAACGUGAUCCGGGAACACAACAGAGUCGAGGCUACGGGUUUGUAUGCCUUAAAAUACAAUGCAAUUUGACUCUCACCCACUGUCUUCUUUUGCAGCUUGAGGGGGAUCGUCAGGAAGUAUUGCGUAAAGUCCACGUCGGUCGGAUCACGGAAGCUAUGACCGCAGAUGUACUGCGGGAGUAUUUCUCUACCUUCGGCCAG